GUCCUCUACAGGAGCAGCCGAUCCAAAGGCUUGGCUCUGGAGCGAUCCCGAGCCACCUGUAGCAUCAAGAUCAAGAUCAAGAUCAAGACAGUUGAAGACAGCCCGCGGCCCGCGCCACACAAUACAAACACAGCCGAGCGGGGUGGAGCCGCGCCACAAACACUCUAAUAUUAUAGAGCUGCGUGUUACUGGCAUGAUGAUUACCUCCAGGCAGCAGAUCAAAGACUGCACCACGGCUGCCUAUGACUACCUUAGGAGCAGGUCAGACAAAAACUCUGUUGCCCUCCAGAAGCAACUGCAGAGCUUGUCUUUGGUGAGCAAUGUGGAAGUGUUUGAGCCCACUUCCCUGGAGAGUGUGGAGCUGUACAUGUGCCUGGAGAAGCUCCUCACCCACGCUGAGACCAAGUCAACCAUGGUGGGGAAAGUGUUAACCCUCCUCACUCACAUCUCAGAGUCCCACACCAUUAGGGAGGCUCUCAGAGACAAUGUGAAGAUAGUUCCUGUCUUGAGCAAUUUUCUGGUGGAGUCAAAACUCUCCAAAGAAAAUCACCUCAAGACUUUAAAUCUUCUGAGCAUGACCUCUUACAAAAUUAAGAUUGCAUAUUUGGAAGGAUGGAUCAUGGAGCUGGUCCCAUUCUUGGCAGCCACAGUGACAAAGGGGAUUGCUGGAGAGGAGUCCCUUCUGGCAGCCAUUCAGAUCUUGGCCAACCUGUGUCGAUCCAGCUCUGAUGUGGUGGAGUAUUUGCGUCGUAUCCCCAAUAACAAGAUGCUGCUGACAUCUUUGUCUGGCAUGAAGAAUGCAACAAUGUACGUCAGAUUGCUGGUUUUGGAAGUGAUGUUCCUUGUUCACCCUGAAUUGAGUGAGGAAAUUUUCUCAAAUAGUAAAACUGUUGAUAUGAUCUUCACUGUUGCCAUUGAGGGUUUUAAAGAGAAGAGAGUGGCAUGGCUGCAGCUUGCUGCUGAUGUCUUUGAAGAGUUGGCUCUGGUUACAUCCUUUGAACCCGUCCUCAGAGAGUACCAGAAUUAUGACACUUAUUUGCAGCUGCUGCUCAAAUACAUGACACACGAUAUUUCUGAGCUGCUCGCUGAGGCACUCCUGAACUUUAUGUGCUGCCUUGUCAAGUUCAACCAUCAAGAUACCAAGUCACUCCAUGAAGAUAUAUUUGUGAAUGUGACUAAAUGGAUAAAGUGCCAAGGAUGUGGAGAGAUUGCUAUGCAAGUAGUUAGAGAGUUGCUGGCGAAGGCUGCUGCCAGUACUCUGACUGAAGCAUCCAGGGAUACUUUUGUGGAGGCCAUUAAGAUGAGCCUUACAUCCAGUGAGGAUUCUGACAUGACACCACCUGAGUUGCAGCGCAUUAUCAUCAUCUUGGGUUCAGUGGAUACUAUUUGUGCUUCAAAUGAAGUUCUGCAACUCAAGCUAGCUCUGAAACUUGAACCAAGCCUAUUUUCAAACUUGCUUAAAAGAACAUUAUUGCUUGACUCCCACUGCCUAAAUGAUGGUCAAGAAGAUGUCACACAUAGUGAGAGGUCCUCUACAGCAUCUUCAGGAUAUGAGUCCACAACCUGCAGCAAUCAUGGAAUAGCUUCUUGUGUGGCUGAAGAGCUGAGCUCCAAAUGGGACCUUCAGAUGACCUUGAAGAAGACAGUGUCCAAGGCUGUCAUUCUUAUCCUGGCAGUGAUGAAAGGUCUUGGUGCCAUCAAGUCGGAACACUUGGCCGAGUACAGGAAGGUGAUGGGGUUGCCAGUGGUGAUGAGCCAUCUGAUGUGGGGCGGGCAGUCAGGAUUGACGGAAUAUGUUACCAGGGCUUGGACAAUUAUCUCUGAUGGCAGUCUCUCAAAAGAAUGCCUAGAGGCUCUUGUUGCUGCCACAGAAGAAAUUCCCUCAAGGACAGACAGUGUGUCUUGGUCUCCCACCAGAAUGUUGGGCUUAAAUUUUCACUCAGCAGCAUCAACUUUACCUCUAGACUUUGAGGAAAAAGUGGACACCUUGAUUGCUCGACUUGGAGGCACAGUCCAGAAGAUGGAGGCCAAUCUGUUGAAGUAUGAAGCCAUUUAG